GACGAAUUUUCAUCCCGUAUAUAGCGGGAACUAUUACUGGAUAUUGCCGAAUAUUCAUUAUUUUCCUAAUUAUGAUCCUAAUGAGUAAACGCAUUAAUUCUUAACUCGUAUGAAAUAGGCCUGCAGGCAGGAUGGAGACGACAUUGAUAUUCGUAAGCGGCGUUUAUCUAAGAUGGUGGCACACGUAGAUUAUUUUUGAGGUUGGUGCUGAAAUUUCGAAGAUUUCAUCUUUUUAAAGGUCUCUAUUGAUGGCAGACCUAGUCCAUUCAUAGACUGUUACUUUGAAAUCAGUCAGCAUUAGGACAAACCAGUGACAAGUUCAGUACAGAUACAGAACAUUAAAACAUAACUACGCUACAGACAAUUGAAGGAAUUAUGUACCAGAAUGACAUUCCUUGUACUUUUAAUAAUAGUGACACUGUGAAACAUGGAGCGAAGCAGAUAGGAAAGAAGAUCUUUAAAUGUAAUUUUUGCAGCUAUAAAAGUAGUAGCAGCUUUAAUCUUAAGACACAUGUGGGAAUUCAUACAGGAGAGAAACCCGUUAAAUGUGAUUUUUGUGAUUAUGCAUGUCGUUCAAGUAGUGUUCUAAAGGUACAUAUUAGGAGCCAUACAGGAGAGAAACCCUUUAAAUGUGAUGUUUGUGAUUAUGCAUGUACUUCAAGCAGUAAGCUCAAAAUACAUAUGACAAUACAUUCAGUACAGAAAUGUUUUAAAUGUGAUUAUACAUGUCGUUCAAAUAGUGCUCUAAAGGUUCAUAUGAGGAAUCAUACAGGAGAGAAACCUUUUAAAUGUGAUGUUUGUGGUUAUGCAUGUAAGUCUAGCAGUAUUAUGAAAAGACAUAUGGCAAUACAUUCAGUAGAGAAAUGCUUUAAAUGUGAUGAUUGUGAUUAUUCAUGUAAUUCACGCUAUUAUCUUAAGAGACAUAUGAGGAACCAUACAGGAGAGAAACCCUUUAAAUGUAAUGUUUGUAAUUAUGCAUGUAAUUCAAGCAGUAAUAUGAAGAUACAUAUUAGAAAACAUAAAGGAGAAAAACCCUUUAAAUGUGGUUUUUGUGAUUAUGCAUGUGAUUCAAAUAAUCGUCUGCAGUCACAUACAAGGGCUAUUCAUACAUUGGAGAAACGCUUUAAAUGUGGCGUUUGUGAUUAUGCAUGUGAUUCAAAUAGUCGUUUGCAGAUGCAUAUUAGGAUUCAUACAGGAGAUAAGCCCUUUAAAUGCAAUGAUUGUGAUUAUGCAGCGAAGUCAAAUGGUCAGCUAAAGAGACAUAUGAGUGUUCACACAGGAGAGAAACCCUUUAAAUGCGAUGUUUGUGGUUUUGCAUGUAAUGCAAAAGGUAAUCUACAGGUACAUUACAGAAGACAUACAGGAGAGAAACCCUUUAAAUGUGAUGUUUGCGGUUAUGCAUUUAUUUCAAGCAGUAAUCUAAAGAGCCAUGUGAGGACGCAUUCAAGAGAGAAACAUUUAAGUGAGAAACCUGUGAAUAUGCAUGUUAUUCAAGCUGUUAUCUCAACAGAAAUAAUAAUGGAAGGAAAUAUGUACCAGAAUGACAUUCCUUGUACUUCUAAUAAUACUGACGCUGUGAAACAUGGAGGGACACAGAUAGGAAAGAAGAUCUUUAAAUGUAGUUUUUGCAGCUAUAAAAGUAGUAGCAGCUUUAAUGUUAAGACACAUGUGAGAAUUCAUACAGGAGAGAAACCCGUUAAAUGUGAUGUUUGCGAUUAUGCAUGUCGUUCAAGUAGUGUUCUAAAGGUACAUAUGAGGAGCCAUACAGGAGAGAAACCCUUUAAAUGUGAUGUUUGUGAUUAUGCAUGUAUUUCAAGCAGUAAUCUCAAAACACAUAUGACAAUACAUUCAGUACAGAAAUGUUUUAAAUGUGAUUACACCUGUCGUUCAAAUAGUGCUCUAAAGGUUCAUAUGAGGAAUCAUACAGGAGAGAAACCUUUUAAAUGUGAUGUUUGUGGUUAUGCAUGUAAGUCUAGCAGUAUUAUGAAAAGACAUAUGGCAAUACAUUCAGUAGAGAAAUGCUUUAAAUGUGAGAUUGUGAUUAUUCAUGUAAUUCACGCUAUUAUCUUAGAGACAUAUGAGGAACCAUAUAGGGAGAAACCCCUUUAAAUGUAAUGUUUGUAAUUAUGCAUGUAAUUCAAGCAGUAAUAUGAAGAUACAUAUUAGAAAACAUAAAGGAGAAAAACCCUUUAAAUGUGGUUUUUGUGAUUAUGCAUGUGAUUCAAAUAAUCGUUUGCAGUCACAUACGAGGGCUAUUCAUACAGGAGAGAAACGCUUUAAAUGUGGCGUUUGUGAUUAUGCAUGUGAUUCAAAUAGUCGUUUGCAGAUGCAUAUUAGGAUUCAUACAGGAGAUAAACCAUUUAAAUGCAAUGAUUGUGAUUAUGCAGCGAAGUCAAAUAGUCAGCUUAAGAGACAUAUGAGUGUUCAUACAGGAGAAAAACCCUUUAAAUGCGAUGUUUGUGAUUUUACAUGUAAUGCAAGAGGUAAUCUACAGGUACAUUACAGAAGACAUACAGGAGAGAAACCAUUUAAAUGUGAUGUUUGUGGUUAUGCAUUUAUUUCAAGCAGUAAUCUAAAGAGCCAUGUGAGGACGCAUUCAAGAGAGAAACAUUUAAGUGAGAAACCUGUAAAUAUGCAGGUUAUUCAAGCUGUUAUCUCAACAGAAAUAUGAGAACACAUCCAAAAGAGGAAUAUUUAAAAAAUUAUGUUUGUGAUUAUGCAAGUAAUGAUGCAGUAAUAUAAAAAUAUUGUGUGAAAACAUUCAAGAGAGAUACACUUUAAAUGUUAUGCUUUAGUUAUGCAUCAGUUGUAAGAUACAUAUAAGGAUUCAUUUAGGAGAGAUGUGCUUGAAAGGCACAUAUUGCCUGUGACUGAAAAUGUUUUUGUUACAAACUUAAAAUGAGCCACACCAUGAGAAAACCAACAUAGUGCAUCCACGCCGUCUGGUCAGGAUCCACGCUGUUUGCUAAUGGUUUCUAUGAUUGCAAUAGGCCUUGAAAGCGAACAACAUGGAUCCUGACCAGAUUGUGCAAACUAAAUCCUAUUUCAAUAAUUGUUUUCUUUAAUACUCGUUAAAGGUUGGAAUAUUGAUAAACAAAGUAGAAAAUUUUAUUGAAUAUUUUUUUUUCUGGAUAACCUAUCUUUAUGGCUCUAACUGUAUAAAUUUAUUUGCAGAAUUGAAAGUAGAGUUUUUCUAACCAGGGGUUGGUUGUUCGAAACUUUAACCAGCUGUUGAACUAACCGCCAGUUAAAUAUUUAUUCAAAAUACUAGACUUGGUGGGAAACACUAGUAUGAUGUUUUGAUUAUAUUGUAAAGAGUUUCAUGGAUCAAAAUGCUUACCUCAUUCAUUUGUUUUACAAAAUUUCCAGAAAUGCAGAAAAACAACUUUAAAAAUUAAUCAGCUGUUCGCUUAAUCGCCUGUUAAAGUUUCGAACAACCGGGCCUGGUGAUUAUGCAUCAGAUCUAUUUAGACUUACUUAAGGUUUGUGAUUAAUCAUACGAAACCAGUAGAAAUCUGAACAGACUUUUGAGAAAACAUGCAAGAAAAUAGUUUAAACGAGACAUUUCUAGCUACCACAGUUAAAUGUUCAUAAGCCAUAUAUUGCAAAUUGAUUAAGUAAACCUUAUAAAGGGUUAUGUUUUCCCGACCCAGAUGAGUUUGAAUGUUCGAAGUAUCUUAAAAGUUAAAAGAAAGUUCGGAACAAUUAAAGUUUGAACUAAGUUGCAUUUUCUGGAAAUUUUUACUAUAUAUCAUAUAGGAAAUUGCCUUUCGUUUGCUGGCCGUAGAAAGUCAACUUUUUAACCAGAUUUUCAUAACUAUUUUAUUUUUCUUGUCAUAGUAAUGAAACUUCACGUCAGAUAGGUUUUUCAUGUAGAAUCUAUUUCUGUCAUCAGUUUAGUGUGGAGCAAACAGGCACUGCUAUAAUACAAGAAAACUCAAGAAAUCAAGUUGAAAAGCAUUUACAUUUUAUUUUUCUUUGGUCUUGUCUCAGCAUAGUAUAGUAAUUUUCAGAAUACAGUAUAAUAAUAAAACAAUGUUUUGAAUGUUCGUCAAUCAUAGUAUAAUGUUUUAGUAGCAAUGUAUUGCAUAUACUCAGUAUAAAACAUACUAUUUUGUUAAACCUUUACUAUAAUUGGGCUAAUAUGUUUGGGAUAAAUUUUUAUUUUAUAAAACAUUAUUAUAAUAUACAUGUUAUCGUAACAAAUUGUUGUAAUUAAUAGUAAAAUGGUCAAGACAUAUCGAGGGUUCAACGCAAUAAGGGAGUAUCUACAUAUAAUUAUUAUAUGUACAUGUAGAUACGCCCUUAUUGCGUUGCUUUACAGCAUCACAGUUACUUCAUGUCAUGCACUGCACUUAGUAUGACUGUAUUAAAAGUACAUCGAAUGAAACUUGGUAUGAACUUUAUUAAAGGUGCAUGGAAUGAAAUUUA